AUCAAUAUGCAACAAGUUUACUCAAAUAAGUUAAAUCUAAAGUUAAUAUGUCUAAUUUGGCUAAUUACUGAAAUGGAAGUUCUGGAAUAUAUCUUAUUAAUUGACACUAAAACAUACAAAAAAAAAAAAAAAAAAAGCACACUUUUUUCCCCCCAGCUAUUUUACAGGACAAAUGUAACUUCCAGAUGCCUUUGCAUUAUUUAAUGUAAAGUAUAUAAAUGUGAUUUAAUAUAAGGAGCAGCAUAUCAAUCUGAAAUUUUAAAUUAAUCAAAAUUCAACCUCAGAUUGGUGAUAAUUUGAAAGACCUUUUAGUAAUAUCAGACAUAAGUUUCUCUUCAUAAAACAAAAAUACUCUGCAAUAGAAUAAUGUUACUUUUUGAAAAAGAACAUAUUAAUGCUGUUGAAAUCACAUCUUUCAAAUUAAUGCUAUUCUGAUGUUGAAUUGGUUAAUUUAAAAUCCCAAACUGUUAUGCUUCACCCUUGCAUUAUAUAUAUAUAUCCAUACACAUAUCAUUCUUUUACUGGAACAUAUUGAUUUAUAUAUAUUUUAUUAUAAUAAGCAUUAUUUUAGACAAAACAUCUAUAUCUUUAUAGACAUAUCCUUUAAUAUUUCACCUAUGACAAAUGUAUUUUAUACACAUAAUAUCUUAAUGGGAUAUUAGAAGGAAAUAAUUUAAAAUCUUUACAGAUAAAUCCGUUGGGAUUUUACUUAAGAAUAUUCUACUCACAUAAUUACUUGCCGUAAUCAAGGCCUGCCAGACUGAACGAAGUUCCGGUUCCCAGUUUUCAGUGGCUUUCGCGAAAUUCAUCACUAGGUGGCGCUCGCAUUCUGCUACAAUUUUGCUAAAUGCUUACUAUUUGAAACGUGGCUCGUUAUUAACAAAAAGUGUAUUUUAUUAAAAAAUUUCGCUGUUUACUAAUAGUAACACAGGAUGGUAUAUUGUUACGUGCCAUUUUGCAGUUCCGACCACAGGAAAACCAAAAAUAUGUCUUUUUUUUCCCUGCGAGGAAUCUCUGAAAGAAAGAUGGAUCAAGAACUUAUCUCGAAAAGAUUCAUUUGGUAAAUUGUGGAGAUCUUCUGACAGAUCUAUUGUCUGCAGUAGACAUUUUGAUAAGUCUUCAUACAAAGAAGGAUGCAAAAAAAAAAAAUAAAUAAAUACUUGAAGAAAUUCUCUCUACCAACAAUAUUUGAAGAUUAUCCUAAGUAUAUGCAGCCAAACUUACAGACAGUUAGAAGGCAAGUUAAAAAGUUCAAAGUUUCAGAUGAGACAGCGAUGGAGGAAAGUAACACAGAUGACAUUUUACAUUCUACAAAUGUAUUGUCCUCUGCAAAUGUUAGCCGAGGUUUGUAGUACGAGAUAUGAAACUCAUUCUGAAAGAGCUUUGUUAUCUGAACAAGGUCUGCAAAGUAAUUUUCGUAAAUGCAAAAAUUCAAAAUCAUCGCAAACAAAACUAUAUUCACAGAAGCUUUGCAUUAUGCCUAACCAAGUUAGGGUAUUGCAGAAAUCAUUAGGUGAUUAUAAAUUAAGAGUUAAGUCUCUUAAGCAAAAAAAUGAAAAAAUGAAAGAAUUAGUUCAGAACCAUGAAAAUAAUUUUAAAACAUACAAUAUACAUAAAAUAAAACAUGAUGCUGAGAGCCAUAACUUAAAAGCAAUUUUUUUAUUGGAGCACCUAUCAGCUUUUGCGAAAAAAAGAAAAUGUUGGAGUAAUACCGUUUUAAGAUACUGUGUAAUUUGGCAUAGCCAGUCUCCUAGGGGUUAUCGUUUAGUACGCAGACUUAAUUUAUUUCCUCUUCCGGCGCCAGCUAUCAACUCUAAGAGCAUAUGUUGGUAAUUCUUGUGGAGAUCUGUCUUUGACAAGCUUAAUACAACAACGCUUGUUUCAAGAAAGCAGAAGAUUAAAUUCUCUCCAAAAAUUUGGCUCAUUGAUUCUAGAUGAAAUGUCAAUCAAACCUUCUUUAGAGUAUAUUAGAUCUGGUGACGAGUUUGUUGGAACUGUUGACAUGGGAGGACUUGAAAAAGAGCUAGGCAUAGAAGAUAAACUUGCAAAUCGUUUAUUAAGUUUUGUUUUUGUAGGUUUAUUUACGUAUUAUCGGCUACCGGUAAGUUGUUUUUUCACUAAAGAAUUAAAAGGUGCUGAAUUAUAUAAAAUUACUUUAAAUUUUAUGAAGGAGUUAGAAGAUUUAGAUUUUAAAGUUAUUCGCUUGGUGGCUGACAACAGUAAAGGUGUUCCAUGUUCCAUGUUAAUCCAUGUUCAACAUUAUUUUUGGCUAGAAAAUUCAAAAUUUGUGGUAAUAUUGUCUUCUAAAUAUGUCAGAAACCUUUAUGAAUUGCAAAAUAAAGAUGUAAUUAAAAUUGUUAGAAAUCUAUCGAGAAAACAUGUAUACCCAAGUAGUUUUGAAAAGAUGAAUGUUCGUCGUGCAGUUCAGCUCUUUUCAUCUGAAAUGACAGCUGGACUUCGGGUUUUGCAAAAGUAUGGCCCUUAGUUUGGUAUCGGAUUUUUUGAUGCUUUACCUAUAAUUGAAUUUACGGAAAGAAUAUAUAAAUGGUUUACUCUUCACAUUAUUCAAAAUGUGCACUAUUAUAUAAUUUCCAAGAGAGAAGAUUGUAAACCGUAUUUUUGCAUUGCUGAUGAUCGCUUGAAUUGGCUCGAAACUGUAUUUAUAACUUUUUUAGAGGACUGAAAAACAUCUUGUUCAAUACCAGCAGAAUUUUUCAUUAUGGAAACAUAUAAUGCGUUACAUAUAACUACAUUACCAACAGCCAAAUGCGUUAGAAUACU